AGGGCCAUUCCGCUGCUGCUACUUCUCAGAUUAGCUGUAGCAUCUGACCUCUCCCACCAGACCCUGUUGCCAUCAUUUCUGGUAACUAGAAACUUGGAUACUGACUAUUUCACGACGUUAAAGGAUGACUGUUCAUUCUUUUUAGAUGAAGAAAGCAGAAGUUAAGGAACUUGCCCCUCAAGCACACAGGUGGUAAAAUGAUGACUCAGGAAUAUGAACAGACCCAUCUGAAUCCAGCACGUGAGCUGUUAACCCUGGGCGCCAGUUUCCAGAUGGCGAAGUGUGGGGGUGGGUAAGGGGUGACGCAGUCCUGCUGGUCAGAAAAGACUCUGGUUUUGGGAAUCAUAGAAGCAAGAUAGGCAAAGAUGGCGGCCGCUACAGUGUGUUAGGGAAAGAAAUGGCUUCCCUCUUAGACUCAUUGUCAUGGGGUAGACUUCUGGUUGUGACCAUGGACUUGGGACUUGGGGUUGAGUCCAGGCUCUGACCUUGCUAGCAGUGUGACCUGGGGCAAAUCACUUAAUGUCUCUGUCCCUCACUUUCCCCAUUUAUUAUUACAUGGAUAUUAAUGGAAAUGUAAAAUGGGAUAGCCAGUCUAGAAGACAGUUUGGCAGUUUCUUCAAAAGUUAAACAUGAAUUUACCGUGUGGACUGGAAAUUCCACUUUUAACGUGAAAACUUAUGUCCACACAAAGCCCUGUAUGCAAAUGUUCAUAAGAGUGUUAGGUACAGUGACUGCACAGUGGAAACACCCGGAUGCGACUGGAUAAACAAACGGCGGCAUACCCAGACCAGGGGUGGCACUCAGCAGUACGCGGGGAUAGACCACCAGCACGUGCCACGGCAUGAAUGAACCUGGGAAAUGUGACACUUUUGUGAAAGAAGUCAGAAGCGACAGGCCACACACAUACCUGCGACUCACUCCCAUGAUGCGCCCAGCGAGGUGGACCUAGAGAGCAGCAAGCAGGUGAGUCACUGGGCACUGGGGGGUGGGAAUGCAGAAUCAGUGCUGGGAGUGAUGAGGGGUCGCUUAGGAAAUGUUCUAAAAUCGGACUGUGGUGAUCAUCACAUAACUGCAAAUUCAAUAAAAAUCGUUGAAUUGGGCACUGAAAUUGGGUUAUGUAGGUAGGGUAUGUAAAAUUUUAAAAAUAUAGUAUCUAUCUUGUACAAUUGUUACGGGGAUUAAACAACAAAGUUCUUAAGCCAGAGGCUGGAAUCCAGUCAGUGCCGCGGACAUUGUUAUGGGGCUGGACCUCUGGGGCCAGUUCGCUGCUCUGCCUUCCUCCAGGGAAACGGCAGCUAGGCAGGUCCUCUGCUCCCAGGUUAUUGAACGCGGGUCUUUGGGUGAGACUUAGAUGGACCAGGACGUGGAAGGGUUGGCUUUCAGGUCCCUAGGGGCCUGUCCUGUGUGCCUUACUCCCCAGGCGUCAGUUGGAACCCAACAUUCAGCCUCGUCCCUUGUUCUCCUAUGGGGAGUGGGCUUCCCGAGGAGGCUUGCUGUUGCCUUCUCAUCCCGCAGGCUGAGGACGGGAUCGAGUGUCCUCUACCGUAGGCAACGGGAAUUGCAACGGAGGGGCCAGCCGGCUCACGUGUUUCCACCCUCCUGACAAUGUUAUGAGGCGGCUACUGUUGUCCGCUUUUCACUGAUAGGGACAUUGCGCUUCAGAGUGUCUAGGUAACCCGCUCAGGAUUGCGCCGCUGGAACCCCAAAUCCAAGUGCUCUGAAAACCGAGGCUGGAUGACUCCAGGUCCUUUUGAGGCGAGAACGCUAAUUCCUAACGUUUGCAAAGGGCUUCCAUGCCACCUGGGGCUUUGCCUGAUUCAAGGAAGCAAAGAAAGAAAGGAAAGUGGAGGUGGAGGGAAUUCCUCCUCCAGGGAAGGCCUCUCAAUUGUAACAGUCCCCGACAAAGCCCCUAAACUGGUGGCUUUGGGAGUAGGAGAAGGAGGAGGUUAUUGACCUGCAUCAUCCAGGUUUCUGCAGGUGGGGCCCAAGCCCCUGCCCCAGGUGUGGCAGCUGCAAAGAGGCUGCAGUAGAGCUGGAUUGAAGCAGAUGCCCCUCUGCCCCACCAGCAAGAGAAAUCAGGCACUGCUGUCUCAGAAUAAGAGUUCUCAGCACCGCCCCCCAGGAGAGACCCCCGUGAAGACCACCAUCAUUCCAGAAGCAAGAUAGGCAAAGAUGGUGACCACUACAGUGUGUUAGGGCAAGAAAUGGCUUCCCUCUUAGACUCAUUGUCAUGGGGUAGACUUCUGGUUGUGACCAUGGACUUGGGACUUGGGGUUGAGUCCAGGCUCUGACCUUGCUAGGAGUGUGACCUUGGGCAAAUCACUUAAUGUCUCUGUCCCUCACUUUCCCCAUUUAUUAUUACAUGGAUAUUAAUGGAAAUGUAAAAUGGGAUAGCCAGUCUAGAAGACAGUGUGGCAGUUUCUUCAAAAGUUAAACAUAAAUUUACCGUGUGAACUGGAAAUUCCACUUUUAGCGUGAAAACAUAUGUCCGCACAAAGCCUUGUAUGCAAAUGUUCAUAACAGUGUUACUUAUAACUGAAACUUUGUGUGUGGGCAGGGGAUGGGGGGGUCAGUGUUUGGGGGCACUUAGGAACCCUGAGGUCUAACCAGCAGGACCCUAGGAGUUGUCCUCAUGACAACUGCUCUGGAAACCUGUAGAAGAUGCUCACAGGUGAGAGUUUUGAGCAACAGAACACUCCCCUCCCCCAUUUGUUACACUCUAGCUCUGCCUUGGAGAUUGUACCUAUGGUCUCUGCAAAAGGAGGUGGGAAGGCCGACCCUCCUGAUUCCUUUCCUCCCAAAUGUUAUUUGAUGACUUUGCAGGGGGGGGGGGAAUUUUUCUGUUGUCACAGCCAGGAGAGCCAGGAUGCAAACCACAUGAUUUGUCCCCUUACAGGAAGCUUCUCUUACCCCAGCCCCAGAGUGAGAUAUUUCUCUCUCUGACCUCCCUCCAGCGUCCUUGCACACUCUUACUCCAAGCCAUCACACCAAACUCUCUUUAUAUUUCUGAGGAUUGGAGGAAGCCAUAUUCCAAUAACCUGCUUUUUAUCAAGACAGACAUAUUCUGGGGAUUCAUUCAUUCACUUACAAAUACAGGGUUUGGCAGAAGUAACACCUGUUCGAGUAUGGUUGGUAGGGUAAUAAUCCGGGUGCAAUAACUUAUUGUUUUAAUUAGAACAUUUCACCUAAAAUGUCAUGAGGUGUGCUUGAAUGUGAUAUUGCUAUGUUACAGAGUUACGUGAUUUUGUAAUAAAAGGGGCGUUAUUUGUGCCGCACCCUGUAUUUAUUGGGCACCUGUUACUUCUGGGCAUGAUUCUAGACAGUGAAAAUGAAGUCCUGAUUAAGACCAAGUUCUCAUCAGCUCAUUUCCAGACUAAUAGGUGAGACAGAAAAUAAAGAAUAAAUAUGUUCAGGUCUUCAUAUCACAGUAUGCUAUACAGAAACUAAAGAAACAUAAGGAAAUAGACCAUACUGCGGGGAGGAUUUGGGUGGUCUUUAUUGGGGAUUCACUUUUUCUUUGCUUUACUUUUGGGGGGGAGAUAAAAGUGAGGUCUCUGUGUGUCCCCUUCUCUGACCUCCUCAACCCGUUUUCACAGCUUAGGACUCAGAAGGCAGAAUCUUGGGAUUCAAGGGUGUCAGCUGAGCCAGCCCCUUGGGAUUUGGUUACGAGGUCGUUUAGAAGCUGCAUUAGAAAAAUGGAAACAGGUACCGAGAAAGCCAGUCAUCUUCUGUGGUGUAAUAAUACCCCUCUCCGAAUUUGUUUUCCUUCUCCCACCUGGCACAGGUUUACUCAAUUCCUAACUACUCAUUCCACAUUUUUUCAGUCCAGGGCCUACCAGUCACUGUUCUAAGGGACUGGAACAGAGAGGUAGGGUACAUUCUCUGCUCGCAGGAGUCCCCGCCAUGCAAAGCUUCCAAGCCACCAUCGCCUCAUUUCAUCUUUCCCCUUCAACACUGUUUUUGAGAUUCAUCUAUUUUCAUUCAAGUAGCCUCAAGAAGGUAGAUAUGAAUAUUCCCAUUUUACAGAUGCGAAAAUCGUGACUUUUAACAGAAAAAAAGAAUUGCUUUGCGACGACUAAAUGCCAGGACGUCACCCGGCCACGUGCAGCGUCGCGUCUCGCCCCUCGCAGUCCCACCGGGGCACGCUCCCUCCUUCGUUCCCUCCCUGCGGCGGCCGCGCCAGGUCCACGUGUGUGUGUCUGUGCGCCGAAUGGGGACGGGGGCGGUGCCGCCGAAGGGGUGGGGUCCCGGCUGACGUCACCGGCGGUGCCGCCCAAUCAGCGGCGGGCUCGCGGCCCGGGCGCUGGUAUUGGGGCAGCGAGGGGGCAGUUCUCUAUAACGCGGUCUCCGGGAGCCAGCGGGGAAGAAAGGAGCCGAGCGGGCGGAAGGCGCCUUCCCCGCCGCCUGGGCCCGGGCACCGGGUGCCGGGCCCCGAGUCCUUCCCGCUUCCCGCGGUCGCCGGUCGCUUUGUUUCCCCCGCCUCUGCGCUCCGGGCUACUCGAGAGGGGCUCCCGCAGGGUCUGCUUAGGGAACGCGGCGGCAGGAAGGGCGGCCGACCGCGCAGGGACUCGCGGGGACCCAGGAGUCCGGCCGCCGCGAGGGCCGCGUGACGAGAUCGAGGCGGGAGUCAGAGCUUCGCGGCCCAAGGGUGCGGGCCGGGGGCGCCCGUGAGCAGAGACCUCCCCGUCGAGGGGGGGCGAUGUUCCCCUGGUCCGUGGGUUCUUCGGGCAGCCAGGGCAUCCCGCCGCUGGGGCCGGGGCCCCCUCAGUGGGCACCCCCCUAGGAGGUGCCAUGGAGACUCUGUGCCCCGCUCCUCGCCUCGCAGUGCCGGCGUCCCCGCGAGGGUCGCCCUGCUCCCCCACACCUAGGAAGCCGCGUCUGGGGACCCAGGAGUUCUCUCCGCUGUGCCUGCGUGCCCUUGCCUUUUGCGCCCUUGCCAAGCCCCGGGCGUCCUCUCUGGGCCUGGGGCCUGGGGAGCCGGCGCCGCGGGCUCCGUUGCUGCUGGGCCCUCGCGCCUCUCUGUGCACCGGCGGCUGGGCCCCGGAUGGCCUGAAACACCUCGCGGGACAGGCCGGGCGGUCCGGCGUUCCGAGCUCCCCGGCCGGCCAGGAUGCCGACGCCGCGGUGUGCCGGGGCCGCGGUGAAGAGGAAGAGGGCGGAGGCAGUUUCCCGCACUUAGGCGCUCGCUCCGGCGGACCUCCGGGCCGCUGCCCGGCGCCCCGGAGCCCUCGGGAAUCUCUGACCGGCUCCGCCUCCGCUCCGCCUCGGCCAGCCCUGGGUCUCGAUUCUCAGCUUGGCCGCGCCGCCGCCGACCCACAUCGGGAGCCCGAUUCUCGGCCUUCUCCGCCACCUGCGAUCUUCUCCAUCGAGCCCGCGGGGCCUGAGACCGUGCCGGAGCCGCCUCUGCCCGGCCGGACGGCUGCAGUGGAUGGAACCCCCACGCAGGCCGCCCCCGAGGCACCCGCCGCUAGCCCCUCGACGGCCAGCGGAGCUCCGACCGCGCCCGGCAACCUCCGCCAGGAACAUUUCGAUCGUCUGAUCCGCCGGUCGAAACUUUGGUGUUAUGCGAAGGGCUUCGCCCUCGAUACUCCGAGUUUGCGCAGGGGGCCCGAACGGCCGCCAGCAAAAGGGCCCUCCCGGGGAGCAGCCAAGAAACGCCGACGGCCGGCGCCCCCCCCGCGCAACGUGCAGCUCCGCCGCCCUGCACCAACGCUUCCCACCACCAGCACCUUCUGCCUCCUCGACUGUUUCCCCUGCCCCCCGGCCCUGGUCGUGGGCGAGGACGGAGAUUUAGGGCCAGCAUCCUCGCUUCGCCUCCAGGGAGGCGCUAAGCCCCCUCCUGGCCACCCCCUGUGGAGAUGGCAGAUGGGGGGUCCCGCUGUCCCUGAGCCCCCCGGCGUCAAAUUCUGGGGGAUCAACCUGGAGGAACUCUGAGCGUGAUGCCUCUUCUGCCAAGAGGGAAAAGUUGGGGUCACAGCCAAACUGCUGGCUGGUUUCUCACAUUUGCCUGACCUCUUUACGUUUUAUGGGUUGUGGACAGAGGGACCUCAAAUGACAGUGAUCUUCAAGCACCUAACUGGUUGGGGUGACACCCCCUCCCCCUCAUCCUUUCGAGACGAACUAAGGGCUGGAGUCAGGAGAAGGCUUAACGGAAAAGGACUCAAUGACAUAGAUCCCAGCCCCUCCCCUCUGCCUUCUCGGAUCGCUGAGGGCAGCGCCUUCACCCCAGGGGGAGUAAAGGAGGUUGCUGCUCCAAGGCAAGGCAAAAAAAAAAAAUGGAGAGAGACCUUGGUGAUGGACAAACCGGUUGUUUCUGUGGGCGAGCCCGGGGAUGUGGGGGUUGUGGUGGGGGCGGGGAGGUGAUUGGCAGCUCCCUGGGGGCAUCCCCCACCCCCACCAUCUAGGCCUUUAACCCUUCACUCCCCUCGGGCCUUCCCCAGCACUCCCAGCACUACGGAGCCUUCACGGGGGAUGGGGCAGCUUGAGCAAAGGGACUAUCACCCCCUUCCUCGGGACCCCCGAGAACCCUGAUGGGCGAGAUCUUCAGUCUCAGCCCUCACCUUUUCCCUUUCGUCCAGUUUUGGAGUUUCCUUCUUCAGUCUUCCGGCUUGCUUUCAGUUUAUAAGGUCUGAGGGGUAAAAGAGGACGCCCCUUGGUAAACCCACCCCUCCCCCAGUUUACUCUUCGUGUGGGGAGGGGCAGGGCCGAGGGAACGCCUCCCCUCCUAAAGUGCAGGCUUUGCCUGGGGUAGGGGCCAGAGCCCGCCCCAGGGAGAGUAACGGAAGGUGGGAGAAAUCAACAAAACCAGACCAAACAAGCUGCCUUCCGAGGCCCUCUCCAGCGUUUACGGACGUAGAGGGGAAGCUUGGGUUCAUUUUUGGACACCAGACUCAGUCCCGUUAACGGGUAGGCACAAGGCAAGCUGCUUUUGGGGGGAGGGGAGGGGUAAAUGUAAGGGCUCUGAGCCUGACCACAAGGUCCAGCGAGGUCUGAAGGGGCAAAGUUUGGGUUUGGGUGGGAGCUGGGCUGAGGUUCCUUCAACUUCCCUCCUUUACUUAAGGCAUUUUGGGAGUUGUCAGGGCCCUGAUGGAUCCCGCGGGGGCAGGGCCAGGGGAUUAGUUUGGAGGUCAGAGGUUCUGUUUUCCGGGAGGGGUUGGGGGCGAGCUGAGCCUGGGCCACGCCCUCAGGCUGGGAGGAUCCCCUCCAGUCUGGGAGGGGUGGAGUCGCUUUCUCCUCCACCCAGGUGAGGUCAGGGGAGGUUAGCUCUUAGGGAGAUUCCGAGUUUAGGUGUGAGGAGGACCUGGGGGGUUGAGAAUCUGCCCAAGAACACAGGGACCCAGUGACCCUUCUGUCCACGCCAGUGAAUAAUGCCCCUCUUUCCCCCACAACAGGGUGAGGGAGGAACAGUUCCCACAAGCGAUACUGGGGAAGGACUUGUCUCCUUUUCUGUGAAAAUGCUUUGUAAAAAGUUAUUGUUUGCACAGAGCAGAUUCUUGAGGAAAAACUGUUUUGAACCACAAAAAUUGUGUUCGUUUUAAAA